CUGUCUACUGCUCUUUUUGUGGAAUUCUUGUCCAGUUUUGUUUCUGUAUCUGUAGUGAAGAAAGUUUGCUUAUUUGCGGAAGUUCUUGUGAUUUUCUGUUUAAAAUCAAUAUUUUUAGUGUGAAAGUAUAUUUGUGUGAUUUUUGAGUAUAAUAUUGUAUUGCUGGAUGAUAUCGUUUGUGGGAAAAGUUAACUUCAAUUUAGAAUUUGUGACCUGAAUUGUGCAACUUUACUUUUCAUAGCUGAUGAUUUGACAAUGCAGUUUUCGUAAUUGCUCUGCUACUUCUCUAACUUUUAAAUCUCAGUUGUAGUUUGACAAACAAGAGGACAGGAUUGUAGGAUUGUAACUGGAGUGAUAAGUUGUGAAUGAUGGCGGCCAACAUAUCCUACGGAGCAGAUAGCAAGUUGCCGUUGCUUUUGGUGCACGGAGGUGCGGGGGACAUACCUGAUUCGGGCGUACAGAAAAAGCUGGACGGGGUGCGGAGAGCGGCGCUGGAGGGGCACAGGGUCCUGGAACAGGGAGGGUGUGUGCUGGAGGGGGUGGUGGCGGCUGUCAAGGUCAUGGAGGACCUGGAGGGUUUCAACGCAGGUCGGGGGUCAGUUCUCACGCUGGACGGUAACGUGGAAAUGGAGGCUCAAAUCAUGGAGGGUGCAAACCUGGAUGCCGGGUGUGUCACCUUGCUUACAAACGUGAAGAACCCCAUUGUUGUGGCGAGGUCUGUCAUGGAGAAAACUCCACACACGUUCCUGGGAGGGGAAGGUGCGCAAAAGUUUGCCAAACAAACCGGAGCUGAGUUUGAGGGUGAUGAUUACUUCAAAACACCUGCAGCUGUGUCAGCGUUGGAGAAGUUUAAGCUCGCUAAAAGUGCCACCCCUGGACGCACCGAGAUUGGAGACACUGUGGGUUGUGUGGCUGUUGAUUGUCGGGGUCACACCGCGACGGCGACUUCGACUGGAGGCAUCAACGGGAAGUACCCGGGUCGUAUCGGUGAUACGCCAAUCCUGGGCUCGGGAGGAUACGCGGAUGACACCCUUGCAACAGUGUCAACAACUGGAUACGGAGAGUCGAUAAUGCGUUACAACCUGGCGCAACGCGUUUUGACUGCCGUUGCUUGCGGCAAAAGCGCGCAACAGGCUAGUGAGGAGAGUGUACGCGGGAUGACAGAGAGGGUCGGCAACACUGCUGGUGUCAUCACUCUCACUCCCAAAGGGCAGGUGGGCGUCGCUUUCACAUCCAAGCGUAUGGCCUGGGCUUAUCUGGAAGGCGAUAAGCUGCACUAUGGUAUCGAACAGGGCCAACAUUUGGUCAUGGAUAGGGCUGAUUUCAACAAAGUUUGAUGAAGCAAAAUGAAUCAAUUGAAAUUUAUUCAUAUUAUACUGAAAUUAUUGAAACCCAAUAAGAGUACUUUUAUUUACACUUGGAAAUAGCUCUCGAAGAGUUGGAACUACCUGUGUUGUGAUAAAAUAAAGGGUACUCGAUAACUUGUAUUUCAAUGAUUUAUUGAUGUUACGAUAUUAUUGAUAUCAUAAUAUUAUUGAAAUUAUUAUUUUGAUAUUGAUAUUCGUACAUACAAAUUAAUAGAAAAACAUUUUUCUAUGAAUAUGUAAUUUUUGAAAGAGAAUUAUGUGUAGCACUGCCUAUUUUAUAUUCAUACCUAAUGUGUAUCUAUUGAUUGAGUACUUUAUUUAU